UUCGUCGGUGUUUGCCUGAUGGUGGGGGUUCCCCUGACAUAUUGUGAGAUGCCAACCUCUCGCACUGCCGGUACCCAAAAAACACAUCACUUUUGUAUCUCGUUUAACAGUUACUCCGGGAACAAAAUAAAUUGAAGAAAAAAAAAAUGUCACGUGCUGGAAAAUUAUACCCAUUCAAUAAACAAAAUCAUUGAGGUGUGAUUUUAGUGGUGUUGAGGAAAAAAAAAUUGUUAAAAUGAUUUUGGUCGGUGUUAAUGCAAGGCGGAAGUUGUCGGUUGGAAAUCCUAAUUCGGGGGUCCGGAUUUAUGAGUUCCAGGGAAACUCUGAUAAGUGAAACAACGCAGAAAAAUACAAGUGCGCGUUACACGAUUUUGGGUCGUUUAUUUUUUUUUUUCAUGUUGAGUUUUUUGGCCAGCGUGAUUUUAGUUAUUGAAGGCUGUGGGAAAACGUGGGAUUGGGAAUUAUGGUGUGACUUGUGGAGAGUUUAUGGGAUAAAUUGUUAAAAUUGUUUUAUGGAAUUUAUCGAGGUAAAUCGAAUGCGGAAGUUGUUGGGCGGUUUGUAAUUAUUCAGCGGUUGCGAGAGUUCCAGAGGAAAUUUCAAAAGUGAAAGAACGAGGAGAGAUUUUUAAAAUUCAGUAAACAGAGCCUGGAGUUGAUGAUUCAACAGUGGAGUAAUGGAAUAUAAUUGAAAUUAAUCGAAUGCGGAAGCUACGGGGCGGACCAUAAAUUGUGGAGAAAAUUUUGAGAAAAAUUACCGAAAAAUCCAAGUGCAAUUAUUUCCCAAUUCCUUUUUCGUCACCUUUCGCUAUUAUCAAUCUCUGUACAUUAUCAUUGCUCCAUUCCACUGUAUUCUACCCACAACAGACAGUUCUUGUGUUGGUAACGAGGAACUCUUCCCCCGUUUCUCAUUACACGCUCGAGUGUCCGAUGUGCGUUCCCGAGGGCAAAACUAAAAAUCUCCAAAGUCCUCAGAGAUAAAGUGCAUGAGGAACUAAUCCCCGGGUCUCACUCCCGGAGGAGACGUAAAAAAAAAAAUUUCCAUCCAAAAAAACAAAGUGUCGGAGUGCGUGUGCGGGAGUUGGAAAGUACAUUUCUCCUCUGCCCGGGCCCGAGAAUAUUUUUCAACUCAUUCCGAGAUGUAUAUUCGAAAGAGAUUCGGUGAAAGCACCCGGACCCCCAAAAUCCCCGACAUUCUCGAUGAAAUAUUAUCAGUGCGAGUGAAAUAAACACAUGGAGAAUAUUUUUACACCCCGAAUUAUGAGAACUAAUCAUACGUGAGAACCAGGAGAAUAGACGUGGGUGUUAAUCGUAAUAAUGAACGCAUUAAUUGCGAUUACGACAAGUUUAUCAGAAAAGAACGGGAAUUAUCACUCCCCGGGCGGAGAAAGUGAUUCUGUGAUAAUUUGAAAUCAGUGACUCUUGGAAAUGACGUGUCACGAGAGUUCAGUGUUUUUUUAAUUUUUUAUUUAAAUUCAUUUCUAGGGUAUCGAUUGGCUAAUGUUGGAAUUGAGUGCAGAAAUUUGGGGAAUACACGUAUUCGCUUCUGGUGUUUAAUUUCUCCUCCGCAGAUCACAUUAUCAAUUUAAAAUUCUACCGACAUGAGCGAAAGGAAAAAUUCUGGCUAGUAUUAUUCUCGAGGGAUUAUCGACAAUUGCCGAUCACUCGAUGGUAUUUUAAUGUUUAAAAGUGGACGAAUGUCACGUGACAUUGCGCAGUGUAAAUGGAGGGAAAUUAUACGGGAUUUAAUCGACCGAGUGGGAGUGCAGACAGCACGAGCCCAAAUCCCAACGACGGAAUAAAUGGAAGGCGUUAUGAUCAACCAGACAGCACUCCAGGACAAUCAUCAAGAAGUCCAGUUAAUUCUAUACGAGCCCAGAUAGAGAUAAUCCCGUGCAAGGUUUGCGGCGACAAAAGCAGUGGUGUGCAUUACGGUGUAAUCACCUGCGAGGGUUGCAAGGGUUUCUUCAGGAGAUCCCAGUCGUCAGUUGUCAACUACCAGUGUCCAAGGAACAAAAACUGCGUGGUAGAUCGUGUAAACAGAAACCGGUGUCAAUACUGCCGGCUACAAAAGUGCCUACGUCUGGGCAUGUCCAGAGAUGCCGUUAAAUUUGGUCGCAUGUCGAAAAAGCAGAGAGAGAAAGUCGAGGACGAAGUGAGAUUUCACAGGGCGCAAAUGAGAGCGCAAUCUGAGACAGCACCAGACAGCAGUGUUUUUGAGCAUCAGACACCGAGCAGCUCAGAUCAACACCACUCCUACAACGGCGGCUACACGUACAGUGGAAGUGAGUACGCAUCGCCGGGUCCAGGUACGGGUGGUUCAGGAUAUUACAAUCAUCAGGCAAUGACAAGUUACGAGUUGAGUGCGGAUUACGUUGACAGUACAACGACAUAUGAUCCUAGGCCAACUCCAGCCCAGGUCGACCCACUCACCCCCGACACCGGGUCAAUAGGAGCUGCCGGGGUUUUACCUAACAUGGUCACAACAGGAAAAUCACUGACCGCAUCGACAACCGGAAGCGGUACGGGUGGUAGUUCAGGUGGUGGUACUAAUAAUACUAGUAACAAUAAUGGGGGUAGCAAUGGAAGUGGGAGCAAUGGUGGUGGUACAGCGAGCGGUGGUUCACUGAGUGGUGGUGGAAUUGUUGCUGUUAAACAAGAGACCACAGUUGAACUAGCGAGUCUUGGUCAUGGCUCUUACACCAUGGUUGAUUCAACAACGUUCAUCAGUGGCCAACAGCAAAGGCCCGACAAUCCACCAGAGGACGACGAAGUCCCCAAUCUGCCCAGUAUGUCCCAUACGAGAUAUCCGGCGGAUCUCACUGGUAUGCUCGUCCAGACACUGGCGGCGGCUCACAAGAAAACAUUAUUGGUCAGUACGGAGGAGAUACAAGAGGCCUUUCGCACGCCUCAUGACUUCACCAAGUUGAUCUUUUAUAAGAAUAUGGCGCAUGAACAGCUUUGGUACGACUGUGCACAGAAAUUGACGAAUGUCAUUCAGGCCAUCAUCGAAUUCGCUAAGAUGGUGCCUGGAUUUAUGAAACUCACGCAGGACGACCAGAUUGUUCUACUCAAGGCCGGUGCCUUCGAAAUGGCUGUGCUACGUAUGAGCAGGUACCUCGAUCUCCAACAGAACUGUGUUCUGUACGGUGACACGAUGCUGCCACAGGAUGCCUUCUACACAACUGAUACAGCUGAAAUGAAACUGGUAUCGUGUGUCUUUGAAUUAGCGAGAAGUAUCGCCGAGUUGAAACUCACUGAGAGCGAGCUUGCCCUCUACAGUGCUGUUGUACUCCUUAAUCCAGAGCGCACUGGACUCAAAGACGUACAAGACAUCACAAAGCUAUCACAAGCUGUGAUCAUGGCCCUCAGAUACGAGCUCGAUCGUAAUCACGUGUUACCGAUAAAGGGUGAUGUGACAGUCUGCGAUGCCCUGCUCGCUAAGAUACCACAAUUGAAAGAAGUAUCAUUACUUCACAUGGACGCCCUCAUCAAGUUCAAGCGAUCACAGCCACCGCAUAUUAUUGACUUUCCGCCCCUUCAUAAAGAGCUAUUCAGUGUCGACAGCUGAACAGCCGUCGAGGCACAGGGCGACCCAUCACUGGCUGACGACGUCGAACGCGAGUGAUACGUGGGCCUUGCUCUGUCAAGAUCAUUUCCUUCGUAUUGAACAUAUUGGGCCUUACAUAAACAUAACAUUGUUAUAUAUAAAGUAUACAUAAAAAAAACAACAUAAAGUAUAUAUGAAAGAAAAAAAAUAUAGAAUUAUAUAUAAAAUAAGAUAUAUACAUUAUAUAUAUAGAUGAGAUAUCGGUUGUUAUGAUGCAUACACAAAGUAUAUUAUUGACUAAUAAUAAUUCGAAUCGCUCGCCAGGGCUGUUCAGAGACUCACAAAAGCCCAGAAAUAAACUCAAAGAUCUCGAUUCUUAGGAUCAGCACGUGGCCCUACGUGCCCUCUCUCCGACGAUUUAAAUAUCGCCAUGAGUCGAACAUGAGUUUUUGUAGCUCAACCUAUAAUCAAGAUCCCCCCACAUCAAGUUACGAUUCCCAAUAAACUGAAUCAUCCAAAUAAUGUAAAAAAAAAACCGGUCUCUGACUAGCCCUGCCCGACACCAGGAACACACACGUAGCUAGACUUAAUUGAGAUAAAUUAAAAAAAAAAAUUAACGUUUUGGUUAACGCACUUUAUUGACGCGCUUCUCAAAUAUGUAAAUAUUACUUCCCACUGUGGCCCACUGUGACAACUCGAUUCUCACUGCAUAAUAUCUAAUCACACCCACCACCCCAUUUCGAUAGAUGAAUGAAAAACCAAUAGAACCACCGGAAUUACCAUAAAACUAGAUAAUUGAAUCGUUGAGUCUCUCGAUUAAAGUCCCAUCAACUGGAGGAUUAUUUGAAAAAUAAAAAGGUAUGGGGUGUGAUGCUUUAGGGAAAAUAAAAAAUGUCAGAAUUAACAGAGACAUCGAGCGUCAGUUCACUCACCCAUAAGAGCAAAUAACUGUAGACCAAUUAAUAACUAAUUUAUAAACAGAAAUUAUCUAAAGCUGCAUAAUGUGAACACGCACGACGGUCGCACUGUGCCCGAAUAAAGACUGGAAGUAAUGUUUGCACGUACAAAAAAGGAUAAACACGAAAAAAAAAACAAAGCGAUUAAGGAAAAAAAUAAAUGGUGAAGGAAUAGCGAUAUGUAGAUAGUUGGUUUAACGAGGGGCGAUGAGAGGAAUAAAGGAUUAAUUUAAAUGAAAAAAAAAAAAAAGUAACUGGUAUAAACCGGCGAACGCCGACGGUGCGCCAACUGAUACGUUAAUGAUUGAAAAAUAGUGAAAACAAUGAACGCUAAGAGUGAACAUUAUUCUACUGAAUUAACGAGUAAAGGUUAAACUAGAAUUCAUUUAAUUGUAGUGAACGAGAAAUGAGAAGAUGAUGGGGAUAAAGUAAUUACACAUGCUCCCACAAAAUGCAAAAGAAAUAAAAAUCACACGUGACAUGUUACAUGAUUUUAAUGGAGAAACUAAAAAAAAAUCAUUGGGCGUAAAAAUUGAAUACACAUGUCGAUAACGCUCAGAUGUGAACUCUAACAAAAAUAAAUAAAUCAUACACUACAAUUUAAUUUAAUGAAUAAAAACAAAUUACAGACAACCACGUUGCAAACUAGGAGGUUAUUAUCGCAAUUUGGAGUUAAAUUUUAUAAUAAUAUAUAAUAAACAAAAGUUGACGGAUAAUAUAAAGUUAUAUUUAAAUGAAGAAUAAUUUUAAAAAAUGAAAUGGAAAAAUGGAAAAAAAAUAAUCUUAAAGUAAAAAAAUCGUAAAUAGGGGAGAGUGUUUCGUUGAUUGGGGAUCACGUGUUUUUCCUUUUUUUUUUUUAUUUUUCCCGUAUGAAAAACGAUUUUACCGUGUUUUUUAUAUCUAAUUCCGUAAAAAUGUUGUUUCACCCAUUUUUUCAUGGCAAUAGAUAAUCGAUUUACUCAAUAUUCACGUGAAACUUUGUAAAAAUACUUGUCUCGCACAUUGAAUUUAUUGUGAAAUGCACAGGCAACUUAAUCAUCCUUUUCUUUCAAUCAGUCUUAUCGAUAAAUGCACGAUAUUCCAUCACAAUCAUUUUUUCUACCUUUUAAUAAUCCACAGCGUCUCGAAUACCGCAUUGAAUUCCCAUUCAACUUCGAAUUGAUCGAUUGAUUAAUGAAAUUAAUUAGUCAACUCGUUCGAUAAUUCACGUGAUCCUCAAUCAUGGGAUAAUCGCCGAUUACGCAGGAUCUAUGCGCGCGCGCAUCGAAGUUGAUUUUUAGAUGAUAAGACUUAUGGUAUUUCGUAGAUUUAAACACAGAAAAAAAAAAAACAACAGCAACAAGAUGAAUAAAAAAAAAGUACACGUAAUAACACAUUUUGUCGCACACCCCUCGCAUUGGCUCCCACGUUAAUUAUUUCAUAAUGUAUAAUUAUAAUUUUAUUAUUGAUUUAUUAAAUUUCUAGAGUUAUGUAUUGGUUUUUUUGGGGGGGAACUGUUAAGCUUGAAACUAAUGGAAAAUAUUAAAACACCAGCAAUAAUGUGUUCUAAUUAGCACUAUAGUGCAGCUGUGAUGUGGUUUUCAACGGUCCGUUGGGGAUUAUGAACACGAGUUGAAUUUUUUUUUUCUUCUUUUUCUUAACGAAUAAUAAAAUGAAUCAAACGUCGAUGAGACGUAUUUAUGUAUAGAUGAAUUAUUGAAACGAGUACCUGUUGCGACUGUUGAGUGAAGUUGAUAAAUAAUUGGUGAAAAUGAUGGGAACGCGUAACAAUAUGCAUAAUGAUAGAAUGGGUAAUGGGAAAUGGAUUUUAAAAAAUUGAAUAAUGUAAAUAUGUUAUUGAUUUGUUAGAUGUGCGUGGGAGCCACUGUGGCUGCGAGUGCGACAAUUGUGUUAUUAUUUCGAUAAUGAGGAAACAAACAUCACCCUAGAAUUUAUUACCCCCCCCCUGACUCCCUCCUGCCCCCUCUGCAUUAUACAUUAGGGGAGAGUUGAGAGAUGUAAGAAAUCGAUGAUAAUUGGGAGAUCAAUUAUUUCAGCGUAGCAACUAUUAAUUUAAUUCAUUUCGAGCAUUACAUUAAGGUGAUAUACUGUGUACACAUAGUUUUUAUCGGUAGGGAACAGUCUGUGUGUGAUUCGGGUGAUUGUAAUAGUGAGAUGUGGAUUUUUAAUGAAAAAAAAAUCGUGAGAAUGAUGAAAUAUUAAAACAAGUGUGUGAUUUUUCCUCCCAACCUGGGGUGAGUAAUUGCGAGAGAUUUGGGAGAGGUAGACUAGAAAUGUCUCCAGUGGGAUUUUUUUUUUUCCUUUUUAUUAGCCGGCUUGACACGUCAGACGUGAGUGAGAAUAGCGAUAGGGGUAAUGGUGAUGGUUAUCUGGAUUGAAGUGGAUGGAGUGAAUUCGUGAGGGGUUUGGUAAUUACAGGAUUACUCCGAUAAUUAAUGGCUAUCAUUUUUUUCUAGCUAAAAAUUUUAUCUCCAUGGAUGUUUUAAAGAGUUGGGAAAAGUAUUGGGAUUAUUUUGGAAAAUAUAUUCCUGGAUAGUUAUGAUAUCGGAUGUCAAUUGAUCGGACAUUUUGGUACUUUUAUUCCCCUAGGUCGGAUUCAAUCACUCUCUCCUGAUAAUCACUAGUCAACUGUCCGUGAAAUAUCGUUAUGAUGAUAAUUACGUAAUCAGACAAAUUAUUGAGUUAUCCCAAUGGACCACUUCAAUCCAUUGACCUGCCAUGAUUUUUCCUCUGUGAGGAAAAUGCACUUCACGACAGAAAAAAAAAACGAGAGUGGGAACUUGAUAAAAAUUGGAGACAAUGUUUCAAUAUUAUUUCGCGAUGAAUGGAGAGUGCGAGAGCAAGGCCUUCUGUACUAAAUUCUAAAUUUCGAUUUAUAUUUUUCUCAAAAAAUGAUGAAAAAAAAAAAUCACUAAAAAUUACGCGACGAGGUACAUACACAAAACAAUAAGAGAGUAAUAAUGAUGAAUCCCAUGAAAAAUUCAGGAGAAGAGGGAGAUUGAAUCGUUGAGAAAAUAGUUCAAUUAUUUUUUCAGUACCCAGUAUUUUUUCAAUAUUUGGCAAUCGAAAGAUUUAAAAAAUGCGAGUACAAGUGUUUUUUGAUGUUCAGAUAUGUUGAGAAAAAAUGGUAUCAUCAAAUGCAGUGAACUAUUUUUUCUUAUCCAUUCAAUAAUUUUCACUCGAAGGGGACAAUCGCUGAUAUUUGAGCCCCUAGCAACAACAGAUACACUCGAAACAAAUAAUUACACAGAGACUUUCCACCUCCUCUUGACUAUCUCCUCAUUACCUUCGUAAUGAGGAACAAAUUAAUGAUAACGCGUCCGGCUUUUAUCGUAUUUCCCCCUGUAUUAUUGUGAAGGAGUUGGACGUUUCAUUCGCUCCGAGUAACUCAGACAAACAUAAAAAAAUGUGCAAAAAGUAUUUCAGAGUAAAAAUAUAAAUCUAAAAAAUAUUUCAGACUAGAGGAAAAUGCGAGAGAAGUAUUAACACAAAUCUCUGGCCUCCAAAUAAUUCAACAUUUAACGUGGAAUUGUCGCAAUUGACAUUUUCCCUACAAAAAAAAUUCCCGAGGGAGUGAAACGUUCCAUCGACUCGAUAAAAUUUUUCACGGCCUUAGUAGCCACCUCUCGGACUGAUUACAUAAAUCUAGAUUAAAUUUAAAAAAUGAGAAAGAAGUAAUAACGUUACAAUCACAUAAAAGCUGAGGAGUGAAUGACAAUUAGUUGAAACUCUUUUGAGAGAUCGCAUUGUUCAUUAAUAAAUAAUCUACGAAUCUCGUUUGUCGCCUAGAAGUUAUCCAGUGGAAGGAGAAAAAAAUAAAUGAUCGAGAGUAUUUCAUGUCGUGACGAUUGGUGAAUAAAUGAAAAUGAAUCUGACAGAAUAUUGAUUGAGUUUGCGAAAAUGAUCUAACAAUGCAGAGCAGAAUGAAUUAACGACUGAAAAUCAAUCCAUCACACGCGAGGACGACAAAAUCAUUAAUUAAUUUGCUUAUGACGAGCUUUUGGAUACUAAGAACAUUUUUUCCAAUAAAUAAAACAACAAUGGACUCUCGUUCGAUUUGAUUUUUGUUGCAUCACGCGUGCGCUUGUUCCUCCGCUCGCGCGAUUAAGCAAUUAAAUAAAAUACGUAUGAAGAUGAAGUAAAAACAAUUAUGAACAUUUGUUUCAUGUUGAAAAUAAUGUGAAGGCCCAAUCCUAUUCUUACAGGGCGUUAACAAGAGCUUUAUGGCACAAUCCAGACGUCUCGCUGAGUGACGCGUUAAGAACUUCGAUUCAUUGUAAUCAUUAGUGAUUGGCUUGUACAUUAAUGUAGUUGUUUAGAUGAUUAUUAAAAUUUUGAAUGCGGUCGUGAGUAUUUAUCAGGACAUAAAUACCAAAUAAAAGUUGAGCUCAAACUGAAAUUCAUGUGACACCGUUAGACCGCAUUAUUUAUUUAAAAAUCAUCAACUAUCAACGAAUAUUUCUGCUGUCAUUCGACUCGAUCGUUUGCCGAUAGUUAAUGAAUUUUAAUGAAUUAAUUGCUCUGUCGGUGUUCAAUCAUCUCGGAGGAGAAGAAUUGCAGACAUUUUUCGAUAAGAAAUCUAACAUCUGCAUAAUCGAUACGAGAGAAAUUUUCCAGAAAAUUUUGCCGGGUGAUUUUUUCUUUCUCAAAUCACUGAUUAAUGAUAUUCGGUCAUCAGUUUGAGCGUAAUUUUAAAAAAACGACCGCAUUCUCCCUUCAUUGUCGAUACAAGAACUGAUGCUACUUCGUGAGACUGCCGUGGGAGCCUUAUAUUGAAAAAAUUAAUAAAAAUAAAUAAAAAAUGCACACAGAGACACACACGUAACAAGAAAACGUCGCAUGGAGUGAACUAUAAAAAAAUUGCUGAGCGUCAGCGAAACACUGGAAUCGGGUACAUUGAACUUGUGAUAUUAAAAAAAAAUGAGAAGAGUGCUGGAGUGAUGGGGACGAGAGAAUGCGAGAUGUAGGUGAAUGCUAGUGAGUUUAUGAGAGAAUGACACGAAAAAAUAUGAGACAAAAAAAAA